AUUGUUCUCCCCGAAUUGGAAUCCAGUCGAGUCACUCAUCCCUCAGCCUCCGAGCCGUUCUCCUGCGAUACCAUCUAUCCAUCAGUCACUACAUAUCAUCGAAGAUGCACUGCAAAUUCCUCGCCGCUCUUGUCCUGUCGAUUGUUGCCCUGACUGUCUCUGCGGCACCGAUAUCUGCGGAGUCUGUUGACCUGAGCGCCGAGGCUCGCGGGUUUGCACCGAUCCAGCCCAAGUCGACGGUGGUUGAGGAGGAGCGCGGGUGCCGAUUGAUGCAUUGCAUAUAAUUCCCCGUUUCAUGACUCAUUCAAAAUCCUGGCACCUGUCGUCGUCUUUUGGCACUCGAGCUUGCGCUUGUGCAUUGUAGCUCUAUUUCGGUCUUCCUUCCCUCUUCGUUCCCUAUACGGUCUGCCCGGAACGAGGAUUUAUCACUUGGCGUGGGAUCUGUAUUUCUAGUCUGUUUGCGGGUCGUAUAGAAUUGUUGUUUUGUUCUGUUGUGUCGUGCAGAGCAUGUCGUUGCGCAUUUUGAAUUGAGGUCGGGAACUAGAUCGAUCCCGGACAUCGCUCUCCCGAGUACCCUGCAGGUUACAUCCCGUCCCGAGACGGCUAGGAGAGCGUCAUCCUUGGGCUCCGCUCAGAUUUGAAAUAUCGCUGGUCUCGAGCAAUGUUCUCCUUUCCACCAGCCGUUCGUACAAAACAGCACCCAACAGCCUGGCUCAUCGGAUACGUCUCUCGCACACCCUAUAUCAAACGCGCACGACAUGGGACCCACCAUCACCACACGCUCGUCCAUCACAACGCCCAACGAUACGUUGUUCAAUCUGAAUAUCGACCGCGCGUGCCACUGGAUCGCUUUGACUCUGCAGCCCGCAAGCGCACAGUUGACUGCUGAGAGGCGGGCAGAGGGAAAGCGGCAAUAUACGGAUGAGGGCCAAUCGAAGAGCCGUGAAGCAGAGCAGAGCGCACAUGGGGGAGAUGUGCGACAGAAGAGUCGACGCAAUUGAUAGUGUUAUCUUAUCGACUCGGAUUUGGUACUUGCCGAUCAUCUUCAAUUCUGGGGAUCGGGUGUCUGUUGCAAUGUAUCCACUAGUAGAGCAUCGAAUAUCCAUUCUUUUCGGUGACUGUCCC